CCUACGCGAGAAGAAGAAAUCAGAAAAGGAAAAACAAAAAUGCAUCUCUUUCUGAAAACCCUAGCAGGGAAAACAAUCACUCUAGAGGUUGGGAGCAGCAGCAGAACCACCAUUGACAAUGUAAAGGCCAAGAUUCAAGACAAGGAAGGCAUCCCCAUUGAUCACCAGAGACUGAUUUUUGAGGGAAAACAAUUACUGGGUGAUGGACCAAGAACCAGUCUUGCAGACUACAACAUCCACAGUGACUACUCAACACUUGACAUGGUGUUGUGGCUUAGGGGAGGAGAUGGUAUGGAUGGUAUUGUGAUCAGAGUUAUGACUCUUACAGGGAAAGAAAUGAAUAUUGAGAUUGAGAAAACUGAUAUUGUGAAGAGGAUCAAGGAGAAGAUUGAAGAGAAAGAAGGGAUUCCACCGGAACAGCAGAAGCUGAUCUCUGUCUCUGUUGGUAAGCAACUUGCAGAUGACAAGACGGCUCUCGAAUACAACUUGGAGGAUGGCUCUGUGCUUCAUCUGGUGCUUGCUCUAAGAGGUGGUGGAAGUUAAACCUAGAUUUUUUUUUUGUUUCUUUUCUUUUUUUAAUGUCUAAUUAAUUUUGAAUACUAUUAUAUUAUUGAUGGGUUUUGCUUGUUAUGCUGCAUUGUUCUUCUGUAACAAGGUAUGAUUUAUGUCACAUGUUUCUCCAUUAUUGAUCUGUCUUGUCAUCUUGGUUGAAGGCUUAAACCUAAACAAUGUUAGG